UGAAUUCUCAUCCGACCUAGAUAGAUGCCGUUCCACCCUCCAAAGGGAGCAGCAUCUCUAGCAACAGAGCCAACCGGCCUCCACUUUAUUAGAGAAGAAAACAACAACAAGAAGAAGAAGCAUCAUUCACUCCACUAGCUCGCUUGCAAAAGAUACACACAGAGGGGCUAGCUCAAAGAGAUAGAGCAAUGGUGGAACCGGGGAGAGCGGCAGCUGCGCGGGAGACCAAGGCCACCUCAGACGCCGGCAUGAAGAAGAAGGUGACGCUGGUAGCGUCCAGGAAGCUGGAUCAGAAAGAGAAGAAGGAUUGCAGCAAGUGCAGCAGCAGAGAGGAGUGCGCAGAGCCGGAGAGCCCUUCCUACAGGUUAGCUCUCAGGAGCCUCUUCUCCUGCAGAAACAACAGCAGCAGCCACGCGCACUCUCGCCGGCCUCACGCUCACCACCGCACCGACUGCAAGAAGCUCGGCUGCAACUCCGCCUCCGUCUGCAAGCUCAGCACGCAGAGGCCGGCGGACGAGGAGCUCAAGGUCGUCAAGGACAACAAGCCAUCGCUCACGGCGGAGCCGUACUGCAAGCGGCGGGCGUCGGUGAGCGCCUGCAACAGCAGCAGCGAACGGUCCGUGAAGAAGCCCCAGAACAAGCAGCAGCAGCAGGAGGCGAGCUGCUUGCUGGCGUCGGCGUCGGCGUCGUCGUCUUCGUCGACGGCGGGCGGGUCGUUCCGGGGGAUGCAGCAGCUGAGCCUGAGGCGGCUGUCGGGGUGCUACGAGUGCCACAUGGUGGUGGACCCCAUCAGCGGCGUGUUCAGGGACAGCUCCUCCAUGAGAGCGGCCAUCUGCUCCUGCCCCGACUGCGGCGAGAUCUUCGUCCGCCCGGAGUCUCUCCACCUCCACCAGGCCACCCGCCAUGCAGUGUCGGAGCUGGGGGCGGAGGACACGAGCAGGAACAUAAUAUCGAUAAUAUUCCAGUCGAGCUGGCUGAAGAAGCAGAGCCCGGUGUGCGCCAUCGAGCGCAUCCUCAAGGUGCACAACGCCGCCGCCACCCUCGCCGCCUUCGAGGACUACCGCGACGCCAUCAAGGCCAAGGCCAAGGCCACCCUGCGCCGCCGCCACCCGCGCUGCACCGCCGACGGCAACGAGCUGCUCCGCUUCCACUGCGCCACGCUCUCCUGCGCCCUCGGCCUCCACGGCGCCACCCACCUCUGCUGCGACGCCGACCACGCCUGCGGGGCCUGCGCCGUCAUCCGCCACGGCUUCAGGGCUCCUGUCCGGACCAUGGCCACCAGCGGCCGCGCGCACGACGCGGUGUCGUCGGACCUGCAGGGGCAGGGCGAUCAGCGCCGGGCGAUGCUGGUGUGCCGGGUGAUCGCCGGCCGGGUGAGGCGGCAGCGGCAGCGGCAGCAGGACGAUGCGAAUGCUGCGACGACGGAGGAGGAGGAGGAGGAGGAGGAGUACGACUCGGUGGGCGGGACGGCGGGGCUCUACUCCAACCUGGACGAGCUGGAGGUCUUCAACCCCACGGCCAUCCUUCCCUGCUUCGUCGUCGUCUACAGGGCCUAGCUAAUUCAUUAGUUACUUUCACCGUUAAUUGCAUGCAUGCAUGGAACCGAUGAUGAUGACGGUCAUUAUAUAUCGACCCCUUUAAUUUAUUAGCACUUUCUAGUUAAGCAA